CUGCGAUGAAAACCUCUAUUCAGUCUGCGUCAAAACAAGAAGAUAGCCGAAUAGAAUAAUUGAGAUUUCGUUUUAGAAGCUAAACAAUGGGACUUUGGGACAAUGUAUUAAACUACUUCACUGGUGAGGCGUCCAGGAACAAGAACUCCUCCUUGAUAGCUGGUCUACUGUUUUUCGCAGGAUGGUGGGUCCUAAUAGAUGCCAUGUCCAUCGACGGAAAACACCAGAUCACCACAGGACACGUGUUCAUCGGUAUUUUCGGGACCAUCAGCUUUUGUAUGGUGAACGCGGUUAAGGGGGAACAUAUUUCGGAGGAGAAUCCGUCUGAAUCAGGAGCCAGGAUAGCCAAGAUCUGGUUACUUGUCGGCUUCGUUAUGGGCUUUGCCUCCAUCAUUGCUGCCGUCUGGGUCAUGAUCGAUGACUUCAUCAACAAUGAAAAGAAGGACGGCUGGUUUGGAGUGGCCAUACUGACGCAGAAUGUCCUCAUCCUGUUCGCCAGUUUAACCUACAAGUUCGGACGCAACGAGGAAGAAUGGAACGAGUAAAGAGAGAGCUUCCAUCUAAAAUUUUGCACACGGGAACGCUGCUUUUAGUAUCUAGACUCAUUCGUACAUAUUCAGGAGUCCCAGAAGUUCAUGCCGGUGGCAGAAGACACCAUCACUCGCAAAGCCCCACCCCAAUUAAGAGCAUAACUUGUACAUCUCUGUUUCCAAUCAAAUUCGAAGGAAUCGAAGAAGUCGUAAGGCUUUCCUUAAUUACUUUUGAGUUAGCCAAUUUGAAUCGGAAUGGAACACAGAGUAGGACCAUUAAUCUCAUUUAUACUAAACGAAAUAAACGACAAGUCACUUGCGUAA